UUCAUUUUUAACAUUUACGAUGAAGAGAAACUUUCAACUCUCGUUCAUCACUUUGAUUAUCUUCACUGUUCUUACGCUAGAAGUGAUAGGCGACAUGAGUAUCGAAGGAAAAAGAUGUUUUGCAACGCUAAAAGAAAAAGAUUGUUGUGACGAUGAGUGUAGGUCCCUGUGUCACAAAAAGAAUCCCAAAGGAUAUGGUAAAUGCCUUAAAUCAGUCGGAGGAAAAAUUAUUUGUUUAUGCAGUUAUAAUUGCCGUUAAAAUUAUUUUAUUACAAUAACUCUCGAAUCAUAUUUUAAGGCGUGAGUUUUAUGAUAAAAUAGUAUAAUAAUUAAUGUGAUUUGCUAGUUUAAUUUGUAUUUUCUAUG